AUGAGCCUCAGCAACGUCGAGAAGAAGACCCAGGCAGCGGAGGUGCCCGAGGUGGACAUGGACAAGUGCACCCAGUGCAACUACUGCUCCAUCGUCUGCCCGCAUGCGGUCAUCCGCCCUUUCCUGAUCGACCAGACCACGUACGACACCGCCCCGCUCACCCUGGAGGCGCGCAAGGCCACCUCGUCCGAGCAGGCUGGCCACUACUUCCGCAUCCAGGUCUCCGCCGGCGACUGCACGGGCUGCGAGGUCUGCGUAAAGACCUGCCCCGACGACGCCCUGCGCAUGGUCUCGCAGGAGGAGGCAGUUCAACUCGGUCACAAGGAGAACUGGGACUUCCUUCGGGCGCUUCCGGUGCGUGAGGACCUGAUGAAAGUGAACUCCGUCAAGGGGUCGCAGAUGCAGCAGCCCUUGCUCGAAUACUCGGCAGCUUGCGCUGGCUGCGGCGAGACGCCCUACGUCAAGCUGCUUACGCAGAUGUUUGGCGACCGCAUGGUCAUCGCCAACGCCACGGGCUGCUCCUCUAUCUGGGGCAACCCCUACGGCAGCACGCCCUACACCAAGAGAGACUCUGACGGAAAGGGCCCGGCGUGGCACAACUCUCUCUUCGAGGACAACGCCGAAUUCGGCUUCGGAAUCUCACAGAACCAGCUGUCUCGUCGUCAGCGCAUGCACGAGUACGUGGCGGAGCUGCUGAAGACCGAUCAGGCUGAUGUCCUGCCAGAGCUCCGUGGGCGCCUGAAGCAGUGGUACGACGGCUGGCAGCAGGCCUCCACCAGUACUCAUAUGCAGAACGUGCUGCCGCCGCUGCUGGAGAAAGCGAAGGAACAGGGCGCCAAAGGCUUCGCCUUCUCCCAGGUUUACGACAACAAGGACUUGUUCGUCAAGACUUCGCAGUGGAUCAUCGGUGGGGACGGGUGGGCCUACGACAUCGGCUUCGGCGGCCUGGAUCACGUCGUUGCCAGUGGGGCGAAUGUGAAUAUCCUCGUCCUCGACACCGAGGCCUACAGCAACACGGGUGGCCAGCGCAGCAAAUCGACGCCUCAAGGCGCCAUCGCUAAAUUUGCCAUGGGCGGCAAGGAGCGCGCGAAGAAGAACCUGGGCGAGAUCUGUAUGUCAUACGGCAACGUGUAUGUAUCAUCGAUUUCAAUGGGCGCCAACAUGACGCAGACGGUGAAGGCAAUCGCUGAGGCGGAGGAGUACAACGGCCCCUCCCUGACCCUCGCCUACUCCCCGUGCAUCGAGUUCAAGAUUGCUCACCAGGACGGCCUCGGCGAGAUGAUCAACUGCCAGAAGCUCGCCGUGUCGAGCGGGUACUGGCCACUGUUCCGCUACGACCCUCGGUUGGAGGUGCCGAUGCAGCUGGACCAGAAGACCCUCCGCGAGGACCUGAGCUCCUACCUGCAGACCGAGAACCGCUUCAACGCGCUGCGCCGCUCGAACCCGGAGUCCUACAAGCGCCUGAUCGACGAGAUGCGCACGAGCAUCCGCCGGAGGCACAAAAAUUACCUGGCCAUGUCGUCCAGCGAGGACGCAGCUCGCGGUCCAGCGCACGGUGGCGGAUCCUGUACGGCAGCGAGACGGGCAACACGGCGGAGCUGGCCUCGCGCUUCGCGGGCAUGUGCGGCUCGCGAGGCUACAGCGUGGAGCUGGCCGAGCUCAACGACCUCUCGGUCGAGGACCUCGGGCAGAGGAAGGACGUCGUGA